AUGGGCUGCAGACGCACUGAUUGCAUCUCAAAGCCUCUGUCGGGCCUUUUUGGGAAACUUGGAUCGACAGUAGGCUCCUAUCCUUUUUAUUUUUUCGUUUUCCCUAUUUUCCUCUCGGCAGCCCUCGGCGGAGGCUUCAUUUUUCUCAAUGACAGGGCGGACAAUGAUCUUGAGCGGCAAUUCACGCCGAGAAAAGGACCCUCGAAGGUAACAAGGGCUUUUGUGAGAGAAAACUUCCCCUACAAUGACUCCAUGUUUUCUGAAGACAGGCUGUACGACAAACCUGACUUUGCAUCCCUCAUCGCUGUGGCAAGAGACAACCUAAACAUCCUGGACGGUCUCGCCUUUGAGGACAUCAUCAGACUCAACAACAGGAUCCUUAACAUGACCGUGGACAACGGAAGACUGGGAUUCACUGACUUGUGCGCCAAAGUCAAUGGAGAAUGCGUCUCGAAUGUCAUCCUAGACAUCCUGAGCUCCAAUGAAACUGAGUCACACGGCCUCACCUACCCAACAUAUACGUACAGAUCCAGUUCGGUGUUUCUGGGCUCUGUGCUCGGCGGAGUCGUUACAGAUGGCAGCAGCUCAGUGAGAAGCGCUCAGGCUAUGAAGCUCUUCUACUUCUUGGGGAAUCACGAUGCUGAAGCCUCAAAAUUAUGGCUGAAAGGAUUCAAAGCGCUUCUCUCUGCUGAUAUGGACCACAAACUCAUCGAUGUGUCUUACUACACCUCCAAAUCCAAGCAGGAGGAGAUUGACAGUCACACCACAGAUGGCAUCCCUUUAUUCCUAAUCACUUAUGCCUGCGCUAUCACCUUCUCGGUGAUAUCCUGCCUGAGGAUGGACAACGUGAGGAACAAGGUGUGGGUGGCUGUGUUUGGCGUCCUCUCGUCCGGGCUGGCCGUUCUGUCCUCCUUUGGCUUGCUGCUCUACAUCGGAGUGCCGUUCGUUAUCACUGUUGCAAACUCUCCCUUCCUGAUACUCGGAAUCGGCCUCAACAACAUGUUCAUCAUGGUGUCCGACUGGCAGCACACUCACGUCAAAGACCCGGUGCCGGAUCGAAUGGCCCACGCCUACAAAGAAGCCAUCAUGUCCAUCACCAUCACCGCCCUGACAGACGUCCUCAAGUUCUUCAUCGGCGUCACGUCCGACUUCCCCUCGGUCCAGUCCUUCUGCCUCUACACCAGCACCUCCAUCAUAUUCUGCUACAUCUACACCAUCACCUUCUUCGGAGCCUUCCUGGCUCUGAACGGGAGGCGGGAAGGCAGCAACAGGCACUGGCUGACCUGCAUGAAAAUACCAUCGGACAAACCCGACGGCAGCUCGAGGAUGUACAACAUCUGCUGUGUGGGAGGCGACUACGAUAAGAGCACUGGAGCAGAGAAAAAACAGCCAGCGAGUAAUUUCUUUAAGGAUUACUACGGCCCGUUUUUGAUCAAGCCCUGGGUCAAGGGGGCGGUAAUCUUCCUCUACGUGGCAUAUUUAGCUGCGAGUAUUUAUGGAUGUUUCGACAUACAGCAGGGGAUUGAGCUUUAUGAUCUAGCAGCUGAUAACUCCCACGUUACGAGAUUCAAUAGGAAAGACAGGGAGUAUUUUUCUGAUUAUGGUCCAUCUGUGAUGGUUAUUGUGAGUGAACCGUUCCCAUAUUGGGACAAAACCAAAAGGCUUCAACUUCAGGCCUGCAUGGAGGACUUUAGAACUCCCCAGUUUGUAGAUAAGGACAUCUACACGUCCUGGCUGGACUCUUAUUUGUCUUACGGCCAAGAAAAUCAUCUAAACCUCGAUGAGAAAGAUGUUUUUCUCAAGAAUUUGUCUCCCUUUUUUGAAUUGUUUCCUUUUUUCAAGCAAGACGUGAACCUCACCGGAGACGUCAUCUACGCAUCCCGGGUUUUCGUCCAGACCGUAGAUAUAAACAGUGCCGGCAUGGAAAUCAAAAUGCUCGGAGGUCUUAAAUCCAUCGCGAGCGACUGCAGCGCGGCGUCUUUAUCGGUCUAUAACCAGGAGUUCAUCUUCUACGACCAGUACAGCGUGGUGGUGAAAACCACGAUCAAAAAUGUCAUCGUGAUCACGGCGGUGAUGUUGGCCGUGUCGCUGCUGCUGAUUCCCAACCCGCUCUGCUCGUUAGGGGUGGCUUGUUCCAUCGGCUCGGUGACCGCCGGGGUCACAGGUUUCAUGGCUCUUUGGGACGUCAGCCUGGACUCCAUCUCUAUGAUCAUUUUCAGCAUCUGCAUCGGCUUCACCGUCGAUUUCUCCGCUCACGUGUCGUACGCCUUCGUCUCCAGCAAGAAGCCCACUGCUGACCAAAAGGCCAUCGAGGCCCUUUCCAACCUGGGCUACCCCAUACUUCAAGGCGCCUUGUCCACCAUUGUAGGGGUGUCAGUGUUGGCAACGUGUGAAUUUAACACCUUCAGAACAUUCUUUAAGAUCUUUUUCCUCGUCAUGCUUAUUGGGAUGAUUCACGGCCUGGUUUUCAUCCCAGUCAUGCUGACAGCGGUUACAUGUGGCUCAGAGGAAAAGCAAAGAGACAAAUGUGAAACCCAAGAAAAGGUCAGCAAACUAUGA